AUGACUUCGCUCCCAUACCGUCGCCCUUCGCGCCAGAUGUCCAGGCAAGCUUCCAUGGAUCCCCGAAACGAGAUCUCCCCGCAGAUGGACCACUAUAUCGGCAUCGACGUCGGUACCGGUAGCGCUAGGGCCUGCAUCAUCGAUAACAAGGGUGACAUUGUGGGCCUGGCUUCGGAAAAUAUUGGCCUGUGGCAGCCACAACAGGGGUACUAUGAACAAUCUACAACAGAUAUCUGGCGUUGCAUCUGCAUCUCAGUACAACGCGCGAUAAGCCAGCACAAUAUAAACCCCGCUUCAAUCCGCGGCAUUGGCUUCGAUGCCACUUGCUCUCUAGCAGUGUUUUCCCAUGAUGAUGACGAACCUGUCUCUGUUACGGGCCCCAAAUUCGACACGGACCGCAACGUCAUUCUCUGGCUCGACCACCGCCCCGUCGAGGAGACUGAGAAGAUCAAUGCCACUGCCCAUAAUCUACUCCGCUAUGUGGGUGGCAAGAUGUCCAUUGAAAUGGAGAUCCCCAAGGUUCUGUGGCUCAAGAGUAACAUGCCAAAGGAGCUCUUUGACCGUUGCAAAUUCUACGACUUGACGGAUGCGUUGACGCAUUUAGCUACUGGCAAUGAGAAGAGGAGCUUCUGUAGCGUUGUCUGUAAGCAGGGAUAUGUCCCUGUGGGUGUUGAUGGAAGUGUCAAGGGGUGGCAACCCGAUUUCUUGAAUGAGAUCGGGCUGGAGGAGUUGACUGAGGAUAGCUUCAAGCGCAUUGGAGGUGUCAAUGGUCAGAAUGGAGAAUAUCUCUCUGCUGGAGAACUCGUUGGGACUCUAUGUGAUAAGGCAGCCUCAGAACUAGGUUUGCCUACUGGAAUCGCCGUAGGAAGUGGGGUUAUCGACGCCUAUGCCGGCUGGAUAGGCACUGUGGGCGCAAAAGUCCAACUAGGAUCUGACCAGCUGAGCUCCGAAGCAGCCAAAAACGACAGGUCCCAAGCCUUCAGCCGCCUCGCGGCUGUCGCAGGUACAUCAACCUGCCACCUUGCCAUGUCACCAAACCCAGUUUUCGUUCCUGGGGUCUGGGGUCCAUAUCGCGACACCAUCAUCCCAGGCUUCUGGAUGGCCGAAGGCGGCCAAUCCGCCACAGGCGAAUUGCUCAAACACGUCAUCGAGACGCACCCAGCCUUCAACCAGGCGCUCUCCGUCUCCGAAUCCUACCACACAAACAUCUACGACUACCUCAACGAGCACCUAAAGGAGAUGGCUGCGGAUAGCCAAGUGCCGUCCAUCGCCUACCUAGGUCGCCACUUUUUCUUCUACGGCGACCUGUUCGGCAACCGCUCCCCAAUCGCCGACCCCACCAUGUCCGGCUCCGUCAUUGGUCUCUCAAGUGAUAAAUCCGUCAGCGGCCUCGCGCUGUACUACUACGCAACCCUCGAAUUUAUCGCGCUGCAGACAAAGCAGAUCAUCGAAACGAUGAACAAAGCUGGCCACAGCAUCACCUCAAUCUUCAUGUCCGGCUCGCAAUGCCAGAACGACAUUCUGAUGAAGUUAAUCGCGUCCGCGUGCGGGAUGCCAGUGCUUAUUCCCCGCUACGUCCAUGCGGCUGUGUGUCAUGGUGCAGCGAUGUUGGGCGCCAAGGCAGCCAGCGUGGAUGAGAAUGGCAAGACGGAGGAUUUGUGGAAUAUUAUGGAUCGGAUGAGUAAGCCGGGGAAGAUGGUGAAGCCGAGCACAGAUGAAUAUGAGAUGAAGUUGCUGGAGGUCAAGUAUAAGGUGUUUUUGGAGCAGUGCUAUAAGCAGCAGGAGUAUAGGAGGGACGUGGAUGAGGCAAUUGAGGGGUGGGGGAAGAAUUGA